CGAGACAACAGAAAGGGGUUGCGGUCCCACUGCAAAACAACUGUGCGAAGCUUAGCCCUCAGGGCCCGGCCGCCGCAAAGCUGUCUGGGAAAAGUAGUCGGCAAGUCACGUGAGGCGCCGGACGGCUCGUCUAGCCGCCAAGCCUCCUGGGAAAUGCAGUCGGGCGCGGCACGGCCCUGGUGACGUGAGGGAAAGAGGAAUCGGGUGUCAUGAGUGGGGCCUGAGGGGGACCCACAAGAUGUCGGAGCCCGGGAGAUCGACCCGCGCCGGCGCGGGGGACUAAGGGCCCAGACAGAGGAAGAGAGUGCCUGGAAGCCGGUUGUCACGGCAACACGAGGGCUGAUUUGUACGAGAGAGGCGGGCCUUUAGUCACGUGAUCAGGUCAGGGGUUGAGGCCAGAGGAGAGCUAGGCGGGAGGCUGUUGCCCGGCAACGCCUGGGAGCGGAGUCCCCACAGUAUAAUCCCUCCCCCCGAGGAGGUGGGCUCGGAGUCACGUGACUCAGACCCUACGGGAGGGGGCGCGGUCGGAGCCUGGCGGACGCAGCGGUGAAGUGAGGGCAGAGGGGCGCGCGCGUGGCUCCCAGGCCCGGACCCCAGCCUCGCAGAACAGCGGGAGAAACUGAGGCCUGAGUGGGGGAGAUCCAUGACCCCGUGAACUUGAAUCACCUGGCCUGUUUAUAUCUUUCACCUUCUCCCUGGAACAAGUAAAUCGGCUCCCCCAGCUGAAGUCACAUCUUAACCCUGAUGACAUGGGCACCGCCAUCUCCAAGCCAGUCCUGAGUGUCCGAUUCCUUCUGGGUGUCUCCAGACAGAGUUAUCUUUCUGGGCUCCCCCACCUCUCACCUCCCACAUUCCUCGUAUCACUCUGGGCCCAGGGAGGGCAAUGAAGGUGCUGCUCCUCGCAGGGCUGGGAGCCCUGUUCUUUGCCUAUUAUUGGGAUGACAACUUUGACCCAGCCAGCCUCCAGGGAGCCCGUGUGCUGCUGACUGGAGCCAGUGUGGGCGUCGGGGAGGAGCUGGCAUAUCACUACGCGCGCCUGGGCUCCCACCUGGUGCUCACUGCCCACACCGAGGCUCUCCUACAGAAGGUGGUAGGGAACUGCCGGAAGCUGGGCGCUCCCAAGGUCUUCUACAUCGCUGCGGACAUGGCCUCCCCUGAGGUGCCCGAGCGCGUGGUGCAGUUCGCGCUGGACAAGCUGGGGCGCGGGGGGCGGAGCCUUAAGGACAGCUCCGGGCUGAUGGGCCUCUCCGGGCCAGGAGGGCUGGACUACCUGGUGCUGAACCACCUCGGCGCCGCCCCAGCAGGCACGCGGGCCCGCAGCGCCCAGGCGACACGCUGGCUCAUGCAGGCUCUAGGCUCCGCCCCUGCCCCUUCUGGCCUUCUGUUCCUCCUCCGCCCGGUGACUCGCAGUCGCCACCUCCAGGUGAACUUCCUGAGUUACGUGCAACUGACUUCGUUGGCGCUGCCGAGUCUAACUGACAGCAAGGGCUCCCUGGUGGUGGUGUCCUCGUUGCUAGGCCGCGUGCCCCCGUCCUUCUCCAGCCCCUACUCGGCGGCCAAGUUCGCGCUGAAUAGCUUCUUCGGUUCUCUCCGGCGGGAGCUGGACGUGCAGGACGUGAACGUCGCCAUCACCAUGUGCGUCCUGGGCCUCCGGGAUCGCGCCUCGGCCGCCGAGGGAGUCAGGGGCGUCACGAGGGCCAAGGCGGCCCCAGGGCCCAAGGCAGCCCUGGCCGUGAUUCGUGGCAGCGCCACGCGUGCCUCCGGCGUCUUCUACCCGUGGCGCUUCCAUCUGCUCUGCCUGCUUCGCGGCUGGAUGCCACAGCCAAGGGCCUGGUUCAUCCGCCAGGAGCUCAACAUCACGACCCCCGCUGCUUCCUGAGCCCCUGGGCUUAAUGACCCUUCGUCUUCCCAGAAGAAGACCCUCCAGCCAAUCGUCCUGGAGCCUGGACACACACCGAGACACCUCUGAGCGGGUGGCCAAGGGCCAAAAGAAAGUCAUCAAGACAGAAAAGUAAACCUGAGAAAAACUACCAGCACCUGAAAACAGUCAGAACUCGGGGUGUGCCCGGCAUCUUGUCAGGGGCUUGGAAGGCAAUUACCUCAGUCUUCUCAGCUGUCAUUGAUGAUAUGAUUGCUGCUUCCAUUUUGCAGAUGAACAAACUGAGGCUCGGAGAGGCUAUGUGACUUGCCCCAGGGCCCUGGCCACAUCAAGCAGGUCACAACACCACUGAGCCACCCUUGGAACCCUCUCUAUUUGCGACCUGAAACCACUGCGUCCCUAAUUUGUUCUUUCCACUCACUCAGCCUCGGAGCAUCCCCCAACCCUUUUCCCGAGCACGGGAGCCCUCGAAGCUGUCGAGUUGAUGGUGGGGUCUGAGGAGAGGGAAGAGGAAAAGAAUGUGUUCUGGGCUGGAUCCAGCCUCCCGUUUGAUAAUAAAAAUCUUUCUUCCCUUGCACAUCUGUUGUUCAGGC